GCCUCGGGGAAGGGGGGUGGGGGGGGCAGGACAAGAUGGCGGCGCUCGGUGAGGACGGGGCUGGGGAGGCCCCGUCGCCGUCGCCGCCUCCUCCCGGCCCCGGCGGCGGCAUCAACGUCUUCGCCAACGACGGCAGCUUCCUGGAGCUCUUUAAGAGGAAGAUGGAAGCGGAGCAACAACGGGAACGGGAAGCGGCGGCGGCUGCGGCGGCGGAAGCUCCCGGUAGCGCCGGGCCUGGGCCUCACCGUUCAACCGACGGCUCCAAGAGGAGCGGCGGCGGCUCGCUUGGCUUCGUUGGGCGCCGCCGGGCAGGGCCUCGCCUGGCUCUCAAAACCGGCGUCGUGGCCAAGAAACAAAAGACCGACGAGGAAGUGCUGACGAGUAAAGGGCGACGCCUGGGCCAAGUACAUGGCGGAGGUGAAGAAGUACAAAGCUCACCAGUGCAGCGACGACGACAAAACCAGGCCCCUGGUCAAAUAACCCCCCCCCCCAAGAAGAUUUUGGGGGGCAGGGGGAGGGGUUGGACCCCCUUUUGGAGCAGAGGGGGGGGGGUUUGACCCCCGUUUGGAGCGGGGGAGGGGGUUGAACCCCGUUUGGAGCAGGGGGGAGGGGUUGGGAGAUGAACCCCGUGGCUACCAAGGACUUGAGACUGGGGGUGGAUGGAAGGAUUUGGGGGGGAGGGGGGGGAAGGAUUUUGGGGUCCCCCCUCCCCCCCCACACUCCCUCUG